UUUCCAAGCUUCGAAAAUGGAUCCUAGGGAAUAGAGAUCGUUGUGGCUGAAGAUGGUGGUAUGUUAUGCGCCCUCGUUCUUCCCUCCAUCCCCUGUUAGCUCUGAUUAGUGGCUUGCCUGGCUUCUGACCUCUACUAUCCAACAACUUGACUCGUUUUAACUUCUAGUCUAUAGCUGUUCGUCGCGUUUCUUAUCGUUUCUGGAGCAAAACAGCUCGUCGCGCCUCCCCCUUCACCAAGGCUUUCGCGAGACUUAAAGACAUAAUUAGUCCGCUUUCUAGAUACUACCACUGCAUGGAGCGUGUAUUUCACGAAGAUCGCCGCUAGACCAGCUUUAUUUUCCGCCGCGUCUUGCGAUCCCCACCGUCGAUGUUGUUCCUGGCCGUUCCAAAUACCGAUCCCACCGUUGAUCUUGGCGCCAAUGGUGUGCUCGGCCUUCCCCUGCUCGACUCCACGCGUCAGAUGAAGGAGUUCCCCCUAUUCGCUUCCGCACACCCCGCCUCUGCGCCUUCCGCUUCCGCUUCCGCCAACGCUUCCGCCAUGGCGGGCGCGCCAGCUCCCCCGGAGUCCGCGACGAAGGCGGAGGCGUUCGCGAGCCUGUCGAUUCUGCUGCAGAUCGCGAUGCUCAUGGUCGCAUUCGUCGUCGGACACAUUUUGAGACGUCGCAAGGUGUACUACAUCCACGAGGGAAGUGCCGCCCUGCUAAUAGGCCUUUUCGUGGGCUCCGUUGGCAACUGGCGAGGCACACAGGAGAGCUUCAGGGAGUGGCUUGGAUUUAAGGAGGAGAUCUUCCUGCUCUUCCUCCUGCCGCCGAUCAUAUUUGAGUCUGGUUUCAGCCUUCAAGUGAAGCCCUUCUUCAACAACUUCGGAGCCAUUGUCACCUUUGCAUGCCUGGGCACCUUCCUUUCAGCGAUUGUUACGGGAGUACUUGUCUACGUGGGUGGCUUUCUCUUCCUCAUGUACAAGCUCUCGUUCCUAGAGGCGCUCAUCUUCGGUGCUCUCAUCUCCUCCACCGACCCUGUGGCCAUCCUCGCCAUCUUCCAGGACGUGGGAGCCGACACCAAUCUCUACGCUCUCGUUUUUGGCGAGUCUGUUCUAAACGAUGCGGUUGCCAUCACCAUGUUUAGGACCGUGAUGACCAUCAUUCGCAACCCUGCUGCGGACCCAAGCAUCUCUGCUGCCUUUCAGUACGCCGUCAUCACCUUCGCAGGCUCUACAUCCAUCGGAGUGGGAGUGUCUCUCUUCUCUGCUCUCCUCUUCAAGUAUGCCGGCCUAUCCGUGAAGAAUCUCCACAACCUCGAAUGCUGCCUCAUCGUUCUCUUCCCCUACAUCUCCUACCUCGUGGCAGAGGGCCUUGCUCUCUCAGGCAUCGUCGCCAUCCUCUUCUGCGGGAUUCUCAUGAAGCGCUAUACCUUCCCCAACCUCUCCGAGAUGGCUCAGGUCCUCUCAGCGGGCUUCUUCCAGCUCAUCGCCUCCAUCGCUGAGACCUUCACCUUCAUCUACAUGGGCACAGAAAUAGCUCUGGGAGAGCACCAACGGUGGGGCCACAUCAGCUUCAUACUCUUCUCCAUUCUCAUCAUAUGUGUCGCCAGAGCCGCCAAUGUGUUUCCAUGUGCUCAUCUCAUCAACCUCUUCCGCCCUCCCUCCAAGCAAAUACCAGAGAGUCACCAGAAGGCGCUCUGGUUCAGUGGUCUGAGGGGAGCCAUGGCAUUUGGGCUGGCGCUGCAAGCAACGCACGACCUGCCGAACCACGGGCAUGGGAGGGCGAUAUUCACCACCACCACUGCCAUCGUCAUGCUCACUGUCAUUCUCCUGGGUGGCAGCACUUCCACUGUCUUGGAGCGACUGCGAGUGACAGGGGACAGAUACAGCCAGCUGAGACAGCCUGAGGACACGUCGGAUGAGGAGGGAGAGGAGGGGAGUGCCAUGACGCACGGGCUCAUACACGGACAUGUGGACGGCCGGGAUCAUGGGCGGGGAAAGGCAGUGCACGGAGGCACUCAUCUGGACCAGCAUCACCUCAGCAUACUGCCAGAAAACCCGUCGUUUGAGGACCUCGAUUCGAAAUACAUUCGACCGUUUUUCACCGCAGAACAUGCACCGGACACAAGCUGGGAAGGGGGGGGCGGCAGCAGGGAGGGGGCGAGGGGCAGAGAAAAGGGGAGAGAGAAGGAGGGGAGGGGAAAGGGGAGGGAGGGUAAGAGGGAAGGCGAUUCGGAGGUCGCAGAACGGGGAGUGGAUGGGGCGGGAGGGUCUAGAAUAGCAGGAGGGGGUGCACCAGCAGGGGUGGGAGGGAUGGGAGGGGUGGGAGGGGGAGGAAGGGGGGGAGGGUCGCCACAAGUCACUUCCCCGCAGCGGAGAGGUGGAAGUGGAGGUGGCGGUGGAGGUGGUGGUGGUGGCCGCUUUGUGAGUCCAGCGGGAAGUCGGAGCAUUUCUCAGUCGGCCUCGCCUACAGCGCGGGGUGCACGUGGUGCAAGGGGAGGGCCGGGAGGGGGAGGAGGGGGAGAGGGAGGAGGGGGAGUGGGAAGGGGGGGAGGAGAGGGGUCAUGGCGAAGCACCUCUCCACAGAGGAGAGGUGAUGGAUUUGGCCCUUUUGAGAGCCCACCGGAUAGAAAGAGUGUUUUUCAGUCGGGUUCAGGAUAACCUGGUGGAGCUAUGUUUGAUCUCCCGUGUACAGUACAUGACCAUUACAUGCGUUAUGUUACGCAUGCGGUUCAAUACUGCGCUAUAGCUGUUAUGUGUCCUUACUUUGUGGUGUCUUAGUGCAAUGCUUUGUAAUAGCGUGUAAGCAUAUCUUGAUGGCUUUAUUACUGGUGCCAUAUGGUGUGUAGAUUACAUAAUCUUUAAUGGG